GGAUAAGACUCUAUCGCCAUUACCUAGGUACGACAAUUCCUCAAGGCUACCUUAUUUCCGAACAACGAAACUACUUUUUAUCAGGAAGAGAAACAGUUCACGAAUAAUUUGCAUCGUGAAUAGUAUUUUACUUAGUGGCCAUAUCCUCUCCCACGCGAUUCCAUCCGAGACAACACACAACCUAAAGUUCUUGUAUUAAUCCAAAUCCGACCAAUAUCAGCAAGAUGACGGCGCUACCAUAUGCCGUCGACGCGGAAAGCCCGCUUAGAGAAGCCGAACUACAAACCCUACGCGCACAAUAUGAAAAAGAAGGCGACAUGGCCGGUAUUCAAACGAAAUUUAAUUACGCAUGGGGCCUAAUCAAAUCCAACGCCCGAAGUGACCAACAGUUAGGAGUACAACUACUUUCGGAGAUAUUCCGAGUAUCGCCCGACCGACGCCGUGAAUGCCUUUAUUACUUAGCCUUGGCCAACUACAAACUGGGGAACUAUGGAGAGGCGAGACGUUACAAUGAUUUGUUGUUGGAUAAGGAACCCGCCAAUCACCAAGCAGCAGACCUAAGAAGACUGAUAGACGACAAAGUCACCAAAGAGGGACUUAUGGGUGUUGCUAUCAUAAGUGGUGUAGCUAUUGCCGCCGGCGUAGUUGGGGGCAUUUUAUUCCGGGGCAAGAGGCGGUAGAACCAAAGCAGACAUCAUGCCCGGAAAGAAAAGGCUGGGUAUCCCAUCCAAACAUGAUUGGAUUCUAAUGUGGUUGUAUCGGGUAUGAUGGCGUUGCACCGGCUGGCGUCGGAGGAACAUCUCCCUAUCGACUCGUGCUAGCACUGUCUGUUCUGUUUGUCUAGAAGGCAGACGCAUUCUCGGAUGAGACAAAGGAACGGAUUUUCUGAGGGCACCAUACACGGUUUAUGAUUUUACGCGACGGAUUAGAGCCUUUGCAUCAAUUACCUGUAUUGUUGAAUUAUAGAAACCACUCAACAAACCAUAACAGAAUAAGUCAUAUAAUGUGAUUUACAUCCUAUGAUGGUAUCCGGUGGAGCCCUUUUUUUUUUUUUCCUCUCGUUCAUUCGUUUGUUUGUUUUUGGUGCCUUUAUCCCAUCGUACGCAGUUCCCUAAAAUUCAUUGUAUCCUCGUCGGCUCACACGGAGGAGUUGGGAUGCCUGAGUAUCUCCUUGCGUGUAAUCACGCCACACUAGCACAAAC